GCAGCCUGCCGCACCUAUAGGAGCGUUUGCGGUCCCAGAAGAUGGUCUGAACUCACGCGCUUUCCACCCCUUCUAGAGCUCCCGCGGAGAAAACAUCCAAAAUGACAGGAUCUUGUCAACAGCCCAUGGACAAUCCGAAAAUCGACUAUCAUUCUUCGGAAUACUUCGAUAUAGAAAUGCGACUAUUAUAUCUGGGUGUUCAUCUUGGAAGAAAUUAAAAGGUGGGUGGGACAAGUCAUGUGCAUUAUUGAAAGCGUAAUCAGGAAGUGAUUUAUUUCUGUUGGUGCAGUUCUAUCAUCCACAAUGAUCCUCCGACAUCACAACCUAUGCAUCCUGAAUACAUCGACAACUCCCCUAAAACAACGAGCACAUGCUUUGCACGAGGACCGUGUUGCAUUUUUGCACAAACAGAAUCCUGUUCGAAAAUGUAUUUUUAUAUAUAUUUAACGACUGCUAAAAGGAUACAAGCAAUCUCCAUCUGGAAAUGUUUACCCUUCCAACUAAAAGUGUUUUGCAAUCGCUCAGUGGUGCAUACUGAAUUACCUGUGAAAUAUUUUCCUUGUGCGAUAGAGACUUGCAUGGUCUGUUAAUUAAAGUUUUUUUUUUUUGCUAAUCUCCUGAGCCUGAAAUUUAAAAAUGAAAUUUCGCCUCUGGCACACCCUCUAGAUAAUUAGCACGGUAUUCCUUCUGGUUGACUUUGGGACGACACUUCACGCCUCACGUUUCUCCAGCCUCCCAGAGAUAGGCUACAAGAUGUGUAUAGUGAUUUGGUUAGGAAAUAUGCAAUGGGUUUGAUACAGUUCAAACUGUCCCUCAUUAAUCUCUUUGCACUGUGGGCUAUUUUGUUUAAAUACCAUAUAUUCUCUUUUUGGAUAAUAAUAAUCUUUGGAUAAUAUUUCUAAUUGGCAUUUGCAAAUUAAACAAUAAUUGAGUGACUUUGGUAGCCUAACAAUGUAAAUAAUAAUAUUUUUGGUGCCAAUCAAAAUGCAUAUUAGUGGAUAUUAUAAUUUGAUGUUGACCCAUUUUAUCCAGAAGGGUCCGGUCCUCUAACGCUGAGCAUGACAGAGCCUUCUUCAAGUAAAUUAUCCUAAAAAUGUGAUAGCAUAUUUAUUCAGAUAACAACAAGCAAUAUUAGGUGAUCUCUUCUUAACACAUUUAUCAACAACAAGGUAGACCCGCCAAAAAUAAGAACAGAUACGGAUUUAGAAAUGCACACAUUUUUGUGGAGGUGGGUACUGCGGUGGAAUGGUGCUGGAAUGUAGCCAGUAGUACGUGGGCGUCGCGGGGAGUGAAAGUGGGGGCACGUGGCUUCACAGCGCGCCCCACGGGAACUGUAAUGUGGCCUGUGCUACUGGGACCGCUGCGCUAGGGCACGAGAGGCCACACGGACCACAGCGGGGAAUUUAAUGGGAUAGCAGUCGGGCGAUAUAACCGGCCGACUGCUAUUACCCACAUUACACACAUUUAAUGUGCACGACCCCUUUCGACACUAUAUUGAAAUGUCCCCUCUCAUACAAAUUAUUCUCUCUCUUUCAGUGCAGCAAUGUUGACUAGGCUAUUUACUGACGCAUCGCUACUUCCCGAAAUGCAGAAAUAUUCUGCCUGGGCAGAGGACAGCGAGAGCGAGGACUCCAAGAUCAAGGACGAUGAGGAUAACUGCCGCCUGGGCGAUGACGACAUGGAUGACGCGGAUUUGAGAAGCAGUGGGGCACACUCUGAGAUCGGCCGUGAAGACGAGGAGGACGACGAUGCGGACGAUGACGAUGGAGAGGAAGGUGCUGAGGGGGACAUGCCCAAAAAACGGGGGCCUAAGAAGCGUAAAAUGACACCUGCGCGAAUCGAACGGUCCAAGGUGCGUCGUCAAAAGGCAAACGCACGGGAGAGGACGCGCAUGCACGACCUGAACUCUGCCCUUGACAAUCUGCGCAAAGUGGUGCCCUGCUACUCCAAAACACAAAAGCUCUCCAAAAUUGAGACUCUCCGUUUGGCCAAGAACUAUAUUUGGGCUCUUUCUGAGAUUCUUCGCUCCGGGAAGAGGCCGGACCUUGUGUCCUAUGUGCAGACACUGUGUAAAGGAUUGUCCCAACCCACGACCAACCUGGUUGCAGGAUGUCUGCAGCUCAACUCCCGCAACUUCUUAACCGAACAGUGUCCGGAGGGAGGACGCUAUCCGGGCUCUAACUCCUUCUCAGUGCAUCCUUACCCAUACCAGUGCUCCCGCCUCUCCAGCCCUCAGUGCCAGUCAGGUUCCAACUCACAUCCCCUACGGACACACGGCUACUGUUCGGCCUACGACUCUCUGUACGCUGGCAGUGGAUCUCCAGAAUACAACAGCCCAGAGUAUGAGGGUCCCAUCUCCCCUGCAGUGUGCAUCAAUGGCAACUUUUCCCUUAAGCACCAUGGUACUACGUCCCCUGAGGUAGCCGAGAAAGGCUACCACUACUCUAUGCAUUACCCCGGCCUGGCAGGCUCUCGCCCGGCUGCGGGCCACAUAUUUGGUUCUUCGGGAGUGCGGAGUGUUAUUCACUCUGAAAACUUACCGCCUUACCACGACUCGCACGUGCACCACGACAGGGCGCCUGUCCCAGUCUACGACGAACUCAACGCGUUUUUCCACAACUGAAACGGCAUGUGUUUAGGAUUGAAACUACUUGCAAUCAACAAUCAAAAUUGCCUAGGAGCAGCCCCCCCCCGCGCCCACACACACGUACCAAGAAAACCUUCAGUCCCUGGGGUCUGAUAUGGCACCAUACACUGACCAUUAUGGAAGAAAACGUUUUAUUUUAUUUAUUGUUUUUCUAUGUACAUUUUGUAUAAUUUUGUUUGUUGUUCUUUUUACAUAUUAUGUGACAAUGGGAUACUAUGAAAAUCUUGUAUUUGAAAUAUAACGUGUACAGCCUUGAUAGUAAAACAGACUGGAGCCGCAUAAACGCUUGUAA